AUGCCCCGAGAAUACGCCCAAUCCUGGCUGGAGUGGGAAGCUGCCUCAGGCGGCCGAGCCGUCCUCAAAGGCACCGUCGAGGAAAUCAGAGCCAUGUCCGACAACCUCUCCCAAGCGCUCCUGCCCAUGCUGCCACCCUUCACGGACAAAGUCACCGUCCAAGAAAGCGAAAUCGAAGGCACCAAAGUCAGAAUCUACAACCCCAAGGGCACUUCGGGACCUCUCCCGACCGCCAUCUGGACCCACGGUGGCGGCUACAUGCUCGGGGAUCUCGACACCGACCACCACCUCUGUGGUCUCGUCUCGGAACAGACGAAAUCUGUGGUUGUGAAUGUAGAUUAUCGUCUAGCGCCCGAGGCGGUCUGGCCUGCGCAGUUGGAAGAUUGCGUCAAAGUAUACAAAUGGGUAAGCGAGAGUCUCCAAAUCUUCCCCUGCCAUGUUCAAUUCCAUCAACGCUGAAUACAUUCCUUGUCCAAUCAAAGGCACAUAGAAAUGCGCCUUCUUUCUCCAGCGAUCCCCAGAAAUUCUACACCAUAGGCGGCUCAGCAGGCGGCGCUCUGGCCCUGCAAACCGCAAACCAAAUCCUCCGUGACCCGGAUCCGGCCCUCAGAUCCUCCCUCAAAGGCAUCUGUGCCCUGGUGCCCUCCACGGCACAUUGGUAUUCCAUCCCGUCGAAAUACGCUUCCACAUACACCGCUUAUUCCGAAAAUGCAUCCGGCGUGCCGAUUAUUGACAGAGAAAGCAUGGAGAUCUUUUUUAAGUACGUACUCUCCCAACCUUCCCUACCUCCCUCUCUCUCUCUCUCUUUUUCGCUGGUACUAAUAGCCUGUUCCUUACAGAGCCGUAAAAGCCGACCCACAAGACCCUUCCCUGUUCACUCUCCUAGCGACGGAUAUCCAUCCUUCGUUCCCUCCCACCUAUUUCGCGAGCUGCGAAUUCGAUCCUCUCAGGGACGAUGCGUUCGUGAUGGAAGCAGCGCUCAGAGACGCCGGUGUCCCGACCAGACAUGAUCACUAUAAGGGGUUUCCGCAUUACUUCUGGAUUAUACCCGCUGUGCCGGAGGGUCGGGAAUUUAUUGGGAAGUUGAUGGAUGGGGUGAGGUGGUUGUUGGGACAGAUGUAG